AUGGCCUCAUUCAAUUCGCUCAUGCCCUCAGGGGCCAGGAGCAUGCUGUCAAUAUGCCGCUCUCCGCUCCGUCAAGGGUCAAUAGCGGCUCCUCUUUUCUCCAGCUAUCAGCAGGUCCGAGGAAAGGCCUCAGCUCCGCAGAAGGGCGGCAAGAAGGCCAAGGACAAGGGAAAAGCCGCUGCUGAUAAGAAGAAGAAGGGCCCGAGAGACUAUGCGCAGGUGGACUUGUCCCAGAUGGAGCAGUUCGCGCUCUGCGACGCUAUGAGAUACAUCCGUGCAUUCGAGGUUGGCCGGGAGCCCGCGAACGCCAAGUACGAAGUCCACAUCCGAUUGAAGUCCAAGCGAGACGGCCCAGUCAUCCGCAACAUGAUCCGAUUCCCCCAUUCCGUGCAGACCGAGUCCCGGAUUUGCGUUAUCUGCCCGCCCGGCUCACGAAUUGCCAAGGAGGCCCUCGCAGCUGGAGCGGUUCUGGUUGGAGAGCAGGAGGUCUUUGAGGUUGUCAAGAGCGGCCGCAUCGAGUUCGACCGAUGCCUGUGUCACCCGGACAGUGUGGACGCGAUGAACAAGGCUGGGCUGGGAAGGAUCCUUGGUCCUAGAGGCCUGAUGCCGAACGUGAAGAUGGGUACGAUUGUUGAAGAUGUGGCUGCGCGUGUCGAGGAUCUCCGUGGCGGUACGGUAUACAGGGAGCGUGAUGCGGUUAUUCGACUUGCUAUCGGGCAAUUAGCCUUUACUCCGGAGCAGCUGCGGGACAACCUCCGAGCCACCAUCGAUCAGGUGAAGAAGGACGCUUCCGCCAUCACGGACAAGUUUACAAAGGAGAUUUACGAAAUUGUGAGUUCUGCAAACAUGAUACUGCUGGACGUUGCUAACUAG